CAUGUCUGCGCACUAAGCAAGCAUGUAUUUUGUAAAUUGAAUAUUAUUGAGAAUAGCGUGUGUCAAGAGAUGGAGCGUUCACAUAUAACUGACUUUAUAUUUACAGGUUGCGAAUCUCUGGCAAAACCUAACACUGAGGAACAUAAUAGUGUCAUGCAAAAGCUAUCAGAAGGAGACUACACUGGUGUGCUAGUAGACACUUACAGCAUCUUGGUGCCUUACCUAUCAGCUGAUGCUCCGAUCACCGAUAAGUUGAAUCGUGGAUUGCAACAAUAUCUUGAUGCGGAUGGUGAUGAGAGACCUAUGAGGGAGAGAAGGCUUAUAUUCGCUGCGAUAGCUGCAAUGAAUUUGUUUAUACAGAACAACUGGACAGGUCCCCCAUCCCAGUUACGCCCAUGUGACACAUUACCUAUAUUGUUUGGUCCUAACACACUGGCUGGAGAUAUCCGAUGUCAAGUGUUGAAAUUACUGGCUGUGGACGGAAACCCCAUCUAUCAGCUUGUAGUCUUUCCCGAGUACUUCUAUUUUGCAAGGAUGGUAUUAGUCUCAAGCCAACAGCUGUUAAAGCAUACAUGCUGUGAGCUGUUGUCGGUCAGGUGUUUGUGGCUUCAUCAACAGCUGCUUGAUGAGCAAGCAUCCGUCAUCAAGAAUGAAAUCUUAGCCCUCAUAGAAUCUGUGUCAUCAAAGGAGUCGAUAAUGACUGGUGGCGAGAGCAGGCAAAUUGAGGAGUUCCACAUAGAGGCUGGCCAUAUAUGUCUGUACUAUUAUGAGUACAAAAAAGCUAAAAGCCAUUUUUUGGCUAGCACCAAAUUGCUUGGAAUGGAGCUAGACUUUACUGGUGAGUUAUGUUUAUUUACUGCGGAAUUGUUGAUCCACCAUACCCUAAAGUAGAUUCAUAAUGCGGUUUGAAAAUUGUAGAUGAAUAAAUGUGUCAGUCUUGUCCAUCUGAUAGUAAAAUCAUAGAAAAAGCUAACAACUAGUCAAUUUUUUUUAAAUGCCACCAUCGUAUCAACAGCAAGUGCAGUGGUUGGCCCCGUUUCAUGGCAUGCUGUCUUAGAAAAUUGUAUAUCAACAGCAAUAAACCACCAUCAAUGGCCCACUUAAUGCUUUUCCUUUUUUUAGUGCCCUUCACAUAAAUUCCAUGUUGCAUAAGUUAUCACACGUUAUCCUGCGUAAAACGAGUUGCGAUCCAACAGCCCGUGGUGCACUAAAAUAUCUGA